AUGUGGCUCCGCCGACGAAGAGAACAACCGUGGCCACCACGAACAAGUCUCAUGGACGAAGCCAGUUAUUCAGCUACAGCACUCCUCAGCACAUUCCUCCUAACCACAAUUCUGAUAGCGGCCACCUUGAUGAGAGCAUCCUCGGAGGCCGGCAAACCCAUAACCUCCAUGGUGGACCUCUUGGUCAUCCUGAUUCUCACGCAAACUGGUUACGCAGCGGUCUUCAGCAUCCACAAAUGCAUUCUUCCCCCGCCUGGCUACAUGGGUGGUCAAAUCUACUUCUACUGGGCAUUUUGGGUGAUCACGCAGGUUGUCUGCGUCGCCACCGUGCGGUACGCAUGGCACCGAGACUGGUCGCAGCAGACCGACUGCAUCGCUCUUACGUGGCUGUUCUCGAGCGCAGGUUCCAUCCUCUUGUGGACGUAUGUAUUGGUCUCCAUGACUUUGAGGAGACACAGACGGAGAGGGACGUCGCGGUAUGCCUCGAGACCGGCUGAUCCGGACCCGGCGGUGCAAAUGGUGGCGCGGGACAGAGUCGUUGACGUAGAAGCGGCCGUGAGCUCGGUUCAACUACCGCCGCACGUUGCUGCAAGAGAAGUGAAGAACGAAAAUGUGCGAUUAAGCUGA